UACAUAUACACACACAUACACAUACACAUACGAUAUAGAUCAUGAACAGUUCUGCUCCCCCGCAGCCCUGCGGCCGUUCUUGGUCGGUGAGCGAGGAGUCGUUGAAAAGGUACGUGCGUUUCGCGAGCGAGAGCUGCAUACAGGAGCUGCUGUCGGCCUCGGACGCGGGGCGCUUCGGGAACGCGGGCAACGGUUGGAAGAUUCUGAGCCUUGAGAAAGACGUCGAGAUCUCCAAACGCGGGUCCGGAUCGCUAAACGCGUUCCGCAGCCGCAGGAUCCUCAGAUCGGUUCCUUCCCAGCAGUUUGUCGCCGUCGCAAACGCCAUAGACGCGGCCAAGCAAUGGGACAGUGAUCUUGUGGAAGCAAGAUACAUAAAAGACAUCGAAGAAAACCUUAGCAUAGUAAGGCUUAGGUUCGGGGAACAUUCGAAGCCUCUGUUUAGGAACAGGGAGUUCACUGUCUAUGAGAGACGCGAAACCAUGGAAGAUGGUACACUGGUGGUGGCGGUGGCGUCGCUGCCGAAGGAGAUAGCGGCAGGGUUGCAGCCUAAGAAGAGCAAUUCGAUAAGAGGACUGUUGCUUCAGUCAGGCUGGGUCGUGGAGAAGCUCGACGAUGACUCUUGCAUGGUAACUUACGUUGUCCAGAUGGAUCCUGCCGGAUGGUUGCCGAAGUGUUUCGUGAACAGACUUAACACAAAGCUUGUUAUGAUCAUCGACAACCUAAGAAAGCUUGCUCAAGCUUCUCCGGUGCCCCUUUCUCGUACAUAAAAAAAAAAACUUUUAAUUAAGAUUUUAUUUCAUAUCGCAACUUCACAAGUCUUGGAGUUCGCGACAAAGCUAUAACUAAAAUGAAAUUAAAUAUUUCUAUCUCUUGCAUAUGUAAUAAAAAUAUAGUUUGACAUCUUGCAUUAUGAGUGGAGGAGGAUAUGAUUAGGUUUAGUGAUGGAGGAAAAAUUGGAGUAGUUGGGAGGAUCCAACUCAACGUUUGGUUACGUAAUAGGGUUUGAACCCUAAUUUCUAGAGUA